GGUCCGGCAUGACCCCAUAAACUGUCCUGACAUUGAUUCUGGUCAGCUUCUACAUCGGUCCGGCAUGAACUGUCCCGACAUUGAUUCCGGUCAGCUUCUACAACGGUCCAGCAUGACCUCGUAAAUUGUCCAGACAUUAUCUGUUACAACGGUCUGACACGACCAUACAGUGUCUCCUAUCCUAUUUUAUUUUCCUGUUUUGUUACUCUCUCCAAACUCAAGUUGGUUGGUUCCUAUCCUCCUUGAGUUUGAGGGGGGCUGUUAGAAUAUAAUAUGUAAAGUGUUUAAUAAUUAUGUUUUCUUCUUUCGGUGUGUGUUAAUUAGUAUCCUAUGUGUAUCACCUUUCCUCUCUAUAAAUGAGUGUUGUAAAUCAUAUCAAUAAUAAUAUUCAUCAAUACAAUUUAUUCUCUCCUCUCUCUCUCUAUCAAUUUAUCUUACAUUUGCUAUGUAACUUCAUAAUUGUGUAUUGAAUUAAAAUGUGGAAGAAAAAAAAAUUCUGCCUUUUUCGUUUCUUGUGUUUAAAGUUUUUGGGAUUAUCAGGAUUUUUGAGGUGUUUUUGAGAUUGCAAAAGGAAAAUUUAGUGGGAAUUGUGCUGAGACUUGAAAAGAGGAAUUUGAAAUCAACUUGAGUUGAACAGAAGAAAUUUUAUUAUAUGUUCUGGAAUAAAUUAAUCAAAUUGGUCAAGUUGAUCUAAAUUUGACCUUACGGAAACUAUAGAAUCGGGCUUAGAUGAUUAGUAAAUCAAUAGCAGCUUCUAAAAGCGAGCAAAGUUGCAUUUUUGACGGGUUUAUUAUGCACCUUACCUUAGCUUGAAAUUUGCACAUGCUUUUCAUUCAUUAUUCGGAAUUCCACAUAUUUUACAGGUAUGUAUCUCAUUUACCACUUUUUCACUCCCUUUCAAAAUGGUCUUUACAAUACUCAGUAGUAUCUAUUACACAUAGGCGUGGUUGAUAUAUUGUUCAGAUGUAAUAUAGAUGUGGAUGGGAUUCAUUGUGAGCUCAUUUGCAGUUUAUCUAGCCAUUUGUAUAGUUGUAAAUAAACCAACAAUAGUAGAUAUUCUCCAUUUUGCCUUUGUCUGGUUCUUGCGUAACAGAGAGGCUACGAGAGAUUAAGGCAAAUUUGUUUCACAUGUCUACUUUGAAGAUUGGGUUCGGAUGGUAGAGGAAUAGCAGGAAACAAACAGGCAAACCAAGAAAUGGAAUCUCAAAGUAUUCCUUCAAAAACUACCCACAUGCAUCAACAUGGGUAUGAUAGCAGUGAAGCUAGAUAAAUUGUGAAUUAAGCAUUACGGAAUUAAUGAUGGCCUACGAUUUAACAAAAUUUCAUGGAGGACGCUAUCUAUGGCUGCAAAGCUUAUAAAAGCUUGCUUUCUAGGAUGCAAUGGUGGUUAAAUGGUGCAAUGUGACAGAGAAGAAAUCUGGACUCCUAUGAAUUAUGUUCAUCAAGGCUAUUGUGAAGAGCGGCAUGGUGAAAAAUGAUUCAUAUAGCCGACCACCUGAUUGGUACAGAAGGCUUAAUUUGGUUUGAGUUUAAAUAAUUCCGCUGCUUCCUUGUGGGAGGUGCCAGACAUUUUAGAGUUUGACAUAUCAACAUGCCAAAAGAGAGAAGAGAUCGUUCUGUGUCUUUCGAUAGGUCCAGGGCAUCUCCUUAUCCAUGCAGCUCUAGCCGCUCAAAACGAUCAUUGCCCAAAAAUCCUCCUGAAAGUAAAGAGAAUGUGAAAGAAUGGGAGGAAGCGCGAUGCCCUGUCUGCAUGGAACAUCCACACAAUGCACUUCUCCUCUUGUGUUCGUCCCAUGACAAAGGCUGCCGCCCUUAUAUGUGUGACACAAGCUACCGCCACUCGAACUGUUUUGACCAGUUUCGCAAAUCAUUUGCUGACGCAUCAUCAGAAAUGCCUCAGCAAGAAAGUACUCAACUUACCGUGGAACACUCUACCGAUGGUUUGAUAUCAGAAUCAACAGUUACCGAUUUGCAGAUUGAAAGAAGUGAGGAAGAAGGAUCCACCUCAAUGCAACCCAUGUUGUGUGAGAACCAAGCGGAGACAAAGCUGGUGUGUCCUCUCUGUCGUGGGCAUGUCACGGGGUGGACUGUAGUUGAUUCAGCCCGACAUUUCAUGAAUGCAAAAUCAAGAAGCUGUGCCUGCGAGACUUGCAAUUUCAGUGGCCCAUACACAGAUCUGCGAAAGCAUGCAAGGCUGGAGCACCCUUAUGUGCGGCCAUCAGAGGCAGAUCCAGAGAGGCAGCAAAACUGGAGGAGGUUGGAGCGGCAGAGAGAUCUCGGAGAUUUGAUUAGCACACUACAAUCUUCGAUUGGAGAGGAAAGAAGUGAUGAAAGCGCUUUAUCUUCUUUCGAUGAAGGGGGCUGGCUGACCGUGUUUUUUCUAAUUCGGGUUUUCCGACCCGGGACUAGUUCUAGGAGCAGUAGCUGGUCCAGUACCUCAAGAGCCAGAGCACAAUUGACUAGAAGGAGAUCAACAAGACUUUGGGGGGAGACCCAUGAGAGGGAAACCGGAUCCAUUUCAAGAGAUGACGAUAACGAGUCGUCAGAUGGUGGGUCCAGCUCUUGGAGGCCACGUGAGCGGAUCAGGCAAAGACCCACACCGGACAAUGAACAGUGAUUGUGAAAUUUCUCUUUUUUUGCAAUUUGCUUGAUUAUUUUAGUUUGGAUUCUUCAGCUGAAGAAUGGAAAGCAAGAAGUGCAAAUUUAUUGGCUCGGGCUUUGUUCUGUUCUAUUGAGUGUGGAACGGUUAUUGCUGGACAUUGCAGAACGUGUCGCGUGCCAGAGAAAGUCGACACAACUUAAUUUUAUUGGUUUAGAACCUAAAACAGUCCAUAUAUAUACCUUUCUUUGGUGUUAUCUGUCAUUGGCAUCGCUUGUGGGUGCUGCAAUUAUUUGUGAGUUUUUUUCAAAUUGAGAUUACAUUUGAUUUGUGAAUCUUGCUUUUAUAUGAAUCUUAGUAUGCCAAAAAAAAAAAAGAGAAAAGGAAAGGGUGUAAUUGAGUUGCAAAUAAUUGUUGAUAUUUGGAAUAGUUGUAUGUUUUUCAGA